CGUGAACCCCUCCUCUCAAGAAUCGAAGUCUCUCGGAACUCAAUUCAAGGCAAGCCGUGCUCCAUAUACACAUAUCAAGAAUCCGAACAGAGGCUCUAACGCAUGCAGAGCCAUAAUGACUUCACAAGAACCCGCAACCUCGAAGCCAACCCGAAGACCAUAUCAUGGUUCGUGCCACUGUGGCAUCACAAAGUACUUUGCGUACAUUACCCUUCCUCCUCCAAUGAUCACCGCGAUCCCACCAACAUCAACUAGCACGACCAGAAUCCGGAAAUGCAAUUGCUCAACCUGUCACAAGAUGUCCUUCUUCCACGUCCGUCUACUGGACUCUCCCAACGAUUUCCUACUUCUCUCUCCUCUCGAUCCUGUCACCGAACUCAAAGACUACACCUGUUUCGAUCACCGAAUCCACUGGUACUUCUGCCCAAACUGUGCAAUCCGCUGCUUUGCGUUCAGUGGAGAGAGUGAAGUUGUUGAUAUCGAGAUUGAGGGACAGGGGAAGAAAACAGUCUGGAAGCCAAAAGCAGAAGGUUGGGUCGAGGGAGGGAGUGGAUAUUUAAGCAUCAAUGCAGCAACAUUAGAGCCGAACCAAGAAGGGUUGAACCUGAGUGAAUGGACUGAAAAAGGAUGGAUCGCGUAUCUAGAUAUGAGAGGUGAUGAGGUUGCGAGGUUAGGGAAACCUCAUGAUGGAGGAAUAUAUUGAGAUUCGAAAAUCAGCGGCGUUUCGAGGACAGCUUUUCGUCCAGGCAAGUGCUAAAUUCCGAACUGUGCGUGUUGUCUAUACCAGUCACUUGGCUUGUUGACAUUUGUCUUCUUGCCAUGACCAAAAAAUGCUUAUAGCCUAGCAUGUUUCAAGAGACGUCUACCACCCUCUAGGUGAUGCUAGGAU